AAAUAAAGAAUAUAGAAAAAAGAAACAUUAUUCUAUUCCCAUCUCCUAACAAAACCUCAACCCCACCGUCAUUAACAAACUUCUUCUUCUUCUUCUGCCUCUUCUUCUUGUUUCACAAAAUCAAUGGCUGUAACUUGUUCUUCUUCUUCUUCUUCUUCUAUUCACAUCCCAAUUCUGAAAUCUGGUCUAAUCAUGAGGCCUAUCAGCAAAUCUCUGAUGCUUAAACACACUCAAGUUCCAGUCAAGAAAUUACCUAGACUCCAGAUCAAAUGUUCCGUUAAAAACAAGGUUUAUGAGGACAGGUCUAAUGGCAUAAUCUGCUAUAGAGAUGAUAGUGGGGAAAUAGUUUGCGAAGGAUAUGACGAUGAAGCCCCUCGCUUUCAACAACAGAUUCCAAGAACAACUUGUCAUCCAAGAGACGUCGAGAUCAUUGAUCUUCUUCUUCAACAAAGUGGGUUUCAAAUUGUUAAAGGCAGUGGAUUGAACAAUGUUGAUGAAAGUGUUGCUGUGCAGAAGGACCUCAAUUGCAAUGGCUUUAACUCUUUCUGCUAAUCAAUUCCCAACUUUUGUCAGUUAAAUAGAUUUCUCCACAACUCUGCUCUAGUAUGUGUAAGGAAAGAAUAUACAUCAGUCAUAGAAUGUGAAUAGAGGGCAUAAAUGCACUUGUUUUAUUUUUGAAGCA